AUGGAGGUCAACAAUGUGUGUGGUGGAGAUGAUGAAUCCAUAAAGAAUAUAAUUGCUGCUGGUUAUCACAUUUGCUCAACGCCAGAGGCAGUUGAAUGCAGGUCAAAACAAUUUCCGAGUCUUACGAUAUCACAGCUGGGCCAAGAUGUGACAUGUGAUUCAUCCAUUGGGCUGAUUUGUAACAAUAAUGAGCAAGGUCUUCAACAAACCUGCUUUGACUACGAGAUUAGAGUUAAAUGUUGUGAAUUUGUAUGCACAACACCGACUUCAACCACCAUAACAACAACAGGUCCUAAAACCACUACCCACAAACCAAGCUCUACUUCAACAUCAACAGCUCCAGGUACAACUAAAACAACAACUCACACCCCUACUACAACUCAAACCACAACUUCCCAGCCUCCCACAACGUCAUUCACAAUAAUAACAGGGACAAUAACAAACCCAAAAACGGAACCCAUUAUCUGUUUUUGUCAUUACGAACAAAAGUACUUCACUGUUGGCUCAGUUGUGUACAAUGUCUCGGACCAUGAUGGAUGGUGCUAUAUCGGAGUCUGCAACGAUUCAUGUCUAGUAGAAUCAAUUUCUACCCAUUGUGGUACGACUCCCUCAACAACCCCUAAAACUACACAUCUUCCAACAAUAUCACAGACAACGGAAAUACCAACCACUAGUCAACAAAAAAACUGUGAUCAUGAUAUUCCUCCAAGAAAGAAUGGAGACGUUUGGGUAUAUAAUAAGUGCACCAACGCAACAUGCGUCAACGGAACAGUUAUAUAUGAACAUGUACAUUGUAAGACUCCGAAAGAAAUAACAUGUGAAAAUAACCAACCUGCAGUCAAAGUUUAUGAUGAUUCUGGAUGCUGUUUCGACUACGUGUGCCAAUGUAUCUGUUAUGGCUGGGGAGACCCUCACUAUGUUACUUUUGAUGGAACGUACUAUGGCUUCCAAGGAAAUUGUUCAUACAUCUUGGUCAAAGAAAUCCUGCCAAAGUACAACUUCAGUGUUGUCAUUGAUAAUUUUUACUGCGAUGCCCGAGAUGGACUUUCCUGUCCUCAGUCACUGACUGUUUAUUAUCAGUCUUAUGAGAUAUUCAUGACCAAGAAGGAUGUUGAUGGAGUUUUCACAAACCUGAAUUAUGUCAAUGGGAAACAAAUCAUCCCAGCAUAUCAGACCAAGGAUUUCCGCAUCACAGACAAUGGAAUUGAAACACUUGUGGUAAUACCAACAAUCGAUGCCAAGAUUUCUUUCACUGGUAUGAUGUUUGCCAUAUACCUGCCCUGGAACAUUUUUAGCUACAACACUGAAGGACAGUGUGGUACAUGUGACAACAACAGGACAGAUGACUGCCUCUUGCCAAAUGGGACAAUCGAUUCAUCUUGUCCUGACAUGGCACACUACUGGCAUGUUGCAGACCAAAAUAACAGUCAGUGCAAUCCACCACCAGUUAUUGUUCCAACCAAACCACCAGCUUGCGUUCCAUCCAUUUGUGAUGUCAUUGAAAGCGAUGUCUUUGAGCAGUGCCAUGGUUUGGUGGACCACAGGCCAUUUGUUGAGGGAUGCCAUUUUGAUGUGUGUCAUAUUGGUGAGAUCACCAUUGGCUGCACCAGCAUUCAGGCCUAUGCUGACGAAUGUGCCCAUGCAGGAGUCUGUAUUGACUGGAGAAUUUCAACAAAUGGAACAUGUGAUUUUACAUGUCCGAAACACAAGGUUUAUCAGGCCUGCGGUCCACAAGUUGAGCCAACCUGUAAUGUUGGGUACAAUGUAAAAUUCAUACAGACGCAUAAUGAAUUCAGCAAAAUGGAAGAUAUUAGAUGGGGUGGAUGCUAUUGCCCUCCGGGUACCAUUCUGAAGAGUCCCAGCUCGAAUACCUGUAUCUCCAACUGCGAUAUAUGCAUAUUGCCUAAUGGAGAAUGGAAAGAGGCUAAUGACACCUGGGUGAGUGGCUGCCAGGAAUGUGUGUGUGACGAAAACCUUCUGGAAAUACAGUGCAAUCAACUACCAUGUGAACAACAGCCUGCUCUUACCUGUAAUCAGGAGGGCGAGGUUGUUGUUGUAGAAACGGUUAAUUGCUGUCCACAGGAGAAAUGCGAAUGUGAUACCAAAAGAUGCUCUUCUUCCAACUUAACUUGCUCAGUUGGAUUUGAGAGAGACAUGACUAUGGGACCAUGUUGCCCAAUAUAUCAAUGUGUGCCGAAGGAUGUCUGCGUGUCUAAUAAUACUGAAUAUCAGCCAGGGGCCAAUGUUCCCAUGGGCAACUGUCAGACUUGUGUUUGUGGUGACAAGGUUGAUGCCACAACUAAUCAACGUAUCAUUGAGUGUAAGCCAACUGAAUGUGAUCAUACGUGUCCACAGGGCUAUGAGUAUCAAGCCAUGUCUGAACAGUGUGGUGGAAAGUGUGUACAGACCAGCUGUGUGGUUAGGCUGCGAGAUAAUACCACUCACACUAUUCAGCCUGGAUCCAUUUGGACACCACCUGGAGACAAGUGUCUAAGAUUCGAAUGUGUAAAGAUUAUUGACCAACUCAUCACAAUGGAGGUUCAGACUGUCUGCCCUGACUUCAACUCUGAAGAUUGCAUACCUGGCACUGAAGUCAUUGCUCCAGAUAACUGCUGCCAUCACUGUACUUCAAAAACUAAGUCGUGCAGUGUUACAAACAGCAAAGUGUUCCUAUUCAAGAAUGGCUGCAAGUCAGUAAACGAAGUGGAAAUAACAACUUGUGGUGGAUCCUGUGGCACAUAUGCCAUGUAUUCUCCUGAGGCCAACACAAUGGAACGCUCUUGUUCCUGCUGUUUGGAAGUAUCCACCACCAAGAAGGAAGUGGAAAUGAUCUGCCCUGAUGGAACAAAGUUCAAUCACUCCUAUUUGCACAUUGAAAAUUGUGGCUGCCAGAGGACAGCAUGUGGGACCCCAGAGGUGACACCAGUCACAAGUCUCAAUGCAGGAUAGGUGAACGAUCCAUUCCUGCGACCAACCCUUUUCUGCUUAGAUUUGUUCUUUAUUUAUAUUCAACUUAUUUACUCUUUUGGUAAUAUGCUAACAAUGGGGCAAAUGUGUUAAAAUGUGUUAUGUUUUAACAACUUAAAUUACAUUAAAUAUACUACAUGCAUAUUA